CGUAUAGCCAGCGUCUCAUUAGUCAUUCUCAACAAGUUAAAUCAACUUUUAGGAAUAUAUAUGAUCUUCUUCUCUGUUUGUUCUUGGUAAUUAAGACGGUGGAGCUGAUCAGCACAAGGCCUGUCUCUCCCUCUCAUCCAUCAAUCUAUUCAAAUGCAUUGAUCCCAAUUUCUAAACAAAAAUAUAUGUAUAUAAGAUCCAAUCCCCAGCAGCUAUAUGUAUAGCUAGGGUUUUUUCUUGAUCCUUUCACAAACUUAUCUUUCAUUCUCUUCUUCUUUUCUUUUUUGUUAAGAACUCCAGAGGCCAAAGAGGAAGAGGGAUUCGAUCUCAAGAAGUAGUAAGCAUUACAAACUACCAGCUGCGCUAUGAUGGAGUCAAUCGAGUCUACUGUCCCACCCGGUUUCCGCUUUCAUCCGACCGAUGAAGAGCUCGUCGGGUACUAUCUUAGAAAGAAAGUUGCCUCCCAGAAGAUCGAUCUUGAUGUCAUCAGAGACAUUGAUCUCUACAGAAUCGAACCAUGGGAUCUUCAAGAGAGAUGUCGAAUCGGAUAUGAAGAGCAGAACGAGUGGUACUUCUUCAGCCACAAAGACAAGAAGUAUCCAACUGGGACAAGGACCAACAGAGCAACCAUGGCUGGGUUUUGGAAAGCAACGGGUCGAGACAAAUCAGUAUACGAUAAGGCAAAACUGAUCGGGAUGAGGAAAACCCUUGUCUUCUACAAAGGAAGGGCUCCAAAUGGACAGAAGAGCGAUUGGAUCAUGCACGAAUACAGACUCGAAUCCGAUGAAAAUGGACCUCCGCAGGAAGAAGGAUGGGUCGUAUGCAGAGCAUUCAAGAAGAGAACCAGUAGUCAAAACAAAAGCAUCGAAGGGUGGGACUCAAGCUACUUCUAUGAAGAACUCAACGGUCUCACUUCCGUCGCUGAUCCAACCAAUUAUAUGAUCUCGAGGCAGCCCCAGAGCUUUUUAAGCCAGAAUUUCAUGUGCAAGCAAGAGACAGAAGCUGACAGUUUGAACUUCCUGCACUCUGAUCCGUUUGUCCAGCUUCCUCAGCUUGAGAGCCCGUCUCUUCCCUUAAUAAAGCGGCCGAGCUCAACGUCUCUUAUAUCGGAGAAUAACAUCGAAAUAGAAGACCAGCAAAGUAUUCGAGGAUGCAACGAUGCCAAGAAGGUUACUGACUGGAGGGCUCUGGACAAGUUUGUGGCUUCACAGUUGAGUCAAGAGGAGAGGUAUGAAGGUGAUGGAGGGGCAAGCUUUGGUGCAAAUGAUGAAUCAGAUAUGGCAUUGUUGUUGUUGCAGAGUAGUAGUGCUAGGGAUGAAGAUGAUCAACUGGGAAACAAGUUAAAUGGGUUCCUAAAUUCGACCACUGACUGUGAUAUUGGGAUAUGCAUAUUUGAAAACUAAAGAAGCAAGAGGGAUAAAGCAUGGGAGAAGGUAAUUUUAUUGGUACGUACUACGUAGGUAUUAUAAUGGAUAAGGGUUGAUGAAUGUCGAUCCUAAGACAUAUAUUUUUGUAAAAAUAUGCUUAUGAGUGUAUUUCUCUCUCUCUCUCUCUCUCUCUUCCACACCCCUAACACACAUUCACACACACAAGGUUUUAUAUAUGUAACUGUGCGUACAUCUCAUGGAAAAUUAUUAUACAGUACUGAAACGCAUUUAUAUAGUAAAAUCAGCUUAUCACCUGUUA